AUGGCUCCGAUUGCCGAUAACGUGAUGCUUAAUGAACAACAAAGCAUCGAUACUUUGGAUGACUUGACAUUACAAAUCCUUCGCAAAUAUCGUAAACGCAUGGAUCCCUCAGGCUACCAAACGCUCCCUGAUUUAUGGCAAGACUUUGCCCCUGUAAUGAAUGCCGCCGUUAAGCUCCCGCCACCCCAAGCCAUGCAGAGGAUGCUUAGUCUCACCAGCUACUUUUACGAGUUUUGUCAUGGAUACCGAGCCGACACAGAAAAAUACGAAUACGAAGAAUACUUUGAUGCAAUGAACAAGGCGUGGGAGACUUUAUUUCAACAACAACAUGGUAUGACGGAUCGAAUUCGAGCAUUGAAUGUGUUGCGAGAUGGACACACGUUGGCCGAAGAAGAAUUUGAGCUACCACAUGCCAUGAAUGGGGCUCUAGAAGCUGCAUUGAAAACAGCGCAAUAA